CAAGAGUACAGUAUACGCAACGAGAGUCCGAGAAUAUAUUUGUACGCGAUUAGUGCAUUUGCAUUGUAACUGAAAUUAAUUUUUCAUAUUUUUUAAUUACGUGAAAUUGUGUUAUUGAAAUAUUGUUUCAAAAAUUAAAAAAAGAAUGGAUAGUCCAUUACCACAUAUUAUGGAAAGUGCGGAUUGUGAUGGUUUAACAAAACCAAAAGACAGGUUAUUCAGCCUUCUUGAUCAGAUCGAAGUACAUGUAGAACAAUUGAGAAAAGAUGCUUGGAGACUCGAAGAAGAAAGGGAUACUCUCUUAACAACCUUAGAUACUCUUAGAAACAAUGAAAUUCUUAGUGCAUUAGAAGAGACUGACAAAGAUGAUGUGCUGAGAUAUGCUGAAAGAUUGUCUAUGCGAUGUUUAACAGUUGAUGUAUUGGUUAAAAUUCAACGUGAUCAGAUUCAAGAAGAAGCAUUACAUCAAGUAAAUGGUUUGAUUGAUAGUCUAGUUGUUGGUCUUCGUAAUGAUCCAGCUGGAACUCGACAACGUUGUGCAUCUUUUAUGAAUGCUUGUACCUCACAAAAUGUUGGCCAUUCUGAUAAAAAUUUUGAAACAGCAAUUCUUGGAUGUACUAUGGAUGAUCAAAAACGAAUAAAAAAAAGAUUACAAGGAUUAUUAGAUUAUAUUGAUAAAAUGCAUACAAUUCAAUUACUAUGAAGCUAUAUUGAAAAUAAUUGAUUUUAAAGAAAACUGAAUAAAUCACUCCUUAAAUGAGCAAUAGUUGUUCUAAAGGAGAUUUGCAAAAAGUUACUUAAGGCAGGGUGCUUCAUGAUAAUUCAAUGAUGAUUUUUAUGGUAAAUGUAAAAAAAGUAUUAUAUAAUGUGAAUUAUUUUCCCUAUAUAUAUUGUUUCUAUGCCUUACUGUAUGUGUAAGUAAGGUUUUAUGAAUAUUACAUUUGUAUUUGAAAUUAAUUAUGGUAGGAAGUAUAAAUAUAAAAUUAAUAUAAAAAAAUAUUUUCAUACAUAAUAUAUUCACAUAAAAUUUUUUAAUAAAAACUAAG